AUGAACAUGAUCUGUCUGCAAAUGAUUGUUUUUUAAAAUUUUACGAAAUGAACGAAAUUAAAAAUCAAUUAAAUAUUGCAGUUGAAAAAUUAGGAGAGGCCGAAGAAGAGUUGAAAAAAUUAGCGAAUCUGAGGAAUAUGUUUCAGAAGGUGGCAGAAAAAUGGAGGGACCAAAUGAUACUAUUGCAAGAUGCAUUAAUUAAACUUAAACAAGAAGAGUCAAAUCAGAAGUUACAAGAGUUGAGUGAAAAGCUAGAAACACUACAGACAUCUAAAGGUAAAGAUGACGAAUUCUUCAAACAAAUACUAUUUUCUUGCGAGAACAUUUUCUAUACCGCUAUGUUGACUAAUUUAUAUUGUCGCUUGCAACAUGCAUUUAAUCUCAAGGGCCCAUUGACGGAUCAUAAAUUCGUUAUUGUAAACAAAGAAAUAGAUAUGAGCUGUUCAAAGAAGGAAUUUUUUGAUUUCAUUGAAAUACAUAAAUGUUCGAUUAAUAAUCUAAUCAGAAUAUACGACGUAAAGAAAGGUGCUAUAAGGUCAUACAUGGACAUGUUGGGUGAUUUGCCAGCACCAUCGAAGCUUGGAGAACCUGAUGAAUGGGUCAAGCGACAGAAAAAUGAUCUUACAUAUUUUAAUCGUACACCAUCAGCCUCUAGCGGCUGA